GCAAUCUCACCUUACGUUUAAAUGGUAUUCAUUCGAUAAACAUUUCCUCCCUCCUCUCUUCACCUCUCAUAAUUAUUGCUGCUAUUCCUGUAACGUAGGCAGAUUAUAAAAUAUCCACCAAUCCCCCAUAUAUUUGGAAUAAUCCUCAAUUUAUCCUACAAAUAGGAAUAAUAAAGAAUCGAAGAAAUACACCUUCCUACGCCGAACCGCCGUGUUACGGAACCGCGUAACACGGCCGACAACCUCCGCAUUCUACCCGCCAAUGCCACAUCUUCCUCUCACCUUCAAAUUUAUAUUACCAUUUCAGGAAGGAGGAGGGGAUCAAAAUCAAAAGAGGAAAUUCAAUUGAAGAAAUCGAGUACCGAUUCCAACACAAUGACGAGCCAAUUCCGGCAGCCGCUGCUUGACAGCGACUACUCAUCGCGCGGCGGAAUGAGGCGGGUGAGGGCGGCGGAGAUGGCCGGGGGAGCGACGGCGGAUUGCGCUGCCGUGGUGUGCUGCUGCCCGUGCGGGGUUCUGAACCUGGCUGUGAUGGCGGUGUACAAGGUGCCGGCAGGGCUGUGCAGGAAGGCGCUACGGAAGCAGCGCCAGCGCCGGCUGCUGAAGAAGGGGAUUCUGCAGCCGCGCGGCGGCGGCGACGACGAUGACUACUUCUCCCAGCUCCAGUCGAACGUCAGCUCCGAGAGCAGCGUCUCCACCGCCUCCGAUUCGUCGCCGUACGACAACGCGGAGGUGAUUGAGCUCGAGAAAGAGAUGCUGAAUAAAUUCUACGGUGCCGGAUUCUGGCGAACUCCGUCGCAGAAAAGCGAAGCCUCCGGCCUCACAUCGGUCGUCUCCAUCUAGUAAAUAAAUACUUGUAAAAAAAUAAUUUAAAUUAAACGCUUCAAACAUAGGUACCUUCCAUCUUCCCCAGAAAAAAGAUGAAGAAAGUGCAUAGAUGUUCGUUAUUAAGAUGUCUGGCUUUUGCUUUUGAUUGGAAGUUAUUGAAUAAAUCAUGUAAAUACUGAUUUGGUUUUAA